AUGAUCGCCUCGAUCACUCCAGUCACUUCCAGGACGCUAUGGUGCCGUCUCUCGACAAGGCCCAUUCUAUCGUUUGUUCGCUUCGCUUCACUGGUGGCUGAUGACCGCAACUACUACCAAAUCCUCGAGCUUCCUCGAAAUGCAUCCAUCAAGGAUAUCAAGGCUCAGUUCAGAAAACUCUCGAAAAAGUACCAUCCAGAUUUGAAUUCUCAUUUGUCUGACGAGGAAAAGGAGCUAAACAACAAGAAGUACGUGCAAAUGCUGCUGGCGUACGAUACUUUGAAAGACGUGAAGGCGAAACGAGAGUACGACGCUAAACUUGGAUUUGAAAGCCGCAAACAAGGAAGCUCACAUAAUCCGAAUCAUUCAGAUUGGGAGAACAAAUAUUACGGCGAAGCAAAAUAUUACACCAGGGCGAAGGCUUCGGGGUCCUACUUCUCCAGAGGGUACAGCAACAGGAGACACAGGGUGCACAAUUUCUAUGAUGGCUCAGGCGCUGAAAAUACCAAUAGUCACUUUUCUGGAAUCCACAGAAACUACGGGGAUCGAUACAGCGUGCCUCAUUUUGAUUACAACACGCAUUUGGCCAAACACUUGAAGUUUGAGCAAAGAAUUCUCGGUAAACAAUUGACGCCAGAGGACAGAGAUGUAAUAAUUGGACAGCUACGAAAAGAAGGGAAUGGUGUUGACGUGAGUGAGGAGCUCAUAACGAAACAUCUCAUGCGACAUGCUCACGGCAAUUACCAAGCAAACACAGCGUCUUCAUCUUCAGCAGCAGCGCUGAAUCCAUACAUGUAUCAAGGACCGCAACAUGGCGGAUACCAUGACGACCUGAUGAGUCUAGGCAUGACGACGGCGUUAGUGCUCGGAGGUCUUGGCUCAAUCUACCUUAUAUAUUACCCAACAACGUGA